AUGCAGUCUGCUAAUAUGCUUCUGAAAAAAGUUGUAAGUUCUGUCCUUCCAUUUGCUGCACAACAUGGGAUGAAAAAGGAUUUGUUUCCACUCAGUAGAGCUCUGAGUUUAUCGCUUUGCCUGAAGCAGGACAAGUCAUGCGGUCCCUCAGAAAAACUAGAUUUAGAUGCGUGGAAGAAGGUAAUGAGGUCGGGGUUGCAAGAAGAAGUCGGCGAGACCAUCUCUGAGCAUAAGGAGGAGCUUUCCUCUUUGGCUGCUGCACGUGAGAUUUUGGAGAUGUGGAGACUAGCUGGCAGAAAGGUUCCAGAACAUAUCAGUGAAGAACAGCUAAAAACCUUUGUGGAGUGUCCUUCCAAGUCAGCCAAAAAGAAGUAUUUAAAAUAUUUGCAUACCAAAGAACUUCACAAGAAAAAUGACAAAAGAAAGAUGGAUGAGAAGAGGGAAAGGAGGCUGGAAACACAAGAGGAAGCCUCCAAAGCUGAUGAGACCAAAAGGAGCUCAUUCAUAUGUUUGUGGGCCAGUGGUAUGGACAGAGCAUACAACUGGAAGGCUGCUCAGUCUAUGGUCUUUGGCCAACCUCUGGUAUUUGACAUGUCUUACGAAAAAGAUAUGUCUGUCCGAGAAGUUGAGAAUACAGUGAGACAGAUGGUAUUAAGUGAAGGCUUCAAUCGAAGAUCUGUGGACCCGUUCCACAUCCACUUCUGUAACUUCAGAGACGACAGCCUCUAUCAUAAGGAGUUUAUCAGGCAUUAUAGAGAGGCUUGGGGCAAAUUGCUCAUCACUGUGACAGACCAGUGCUACACUGAAGUCUUUCCAAAGGAUAAGCUGGUCUAUCUGACUGCUGAUUCUCCCAGAGUAAUGAAAACAUUUGAUCACAAUAAAAUCUAUAUUGUCGGGUCAAUGGUUGACAGGAGCAUAAAAACAGGAGUCUCGUUAGCACGGGCAAAGCGACUGGGGCUGGAGACUGCAGCCCUUCCGCUGGACAAGUACUUGCUUUGGAAUAGUGGUGCCAAAAAUCUCACCCUGGAUCAAAUGAUGCGUAUUUUAUUAACCUUGAAAGAUACUGGAGACUGGAAGAAGGCUUUGGAAUUUGUUCCAAAAAGGAAAUACUGUGCCUUUGUAAGCAAGCCUGUACAUGAACUGAAAAAAACCUUAAACCUGAUCAAUACACUCAAAUUUGGAAAGAGACAGGAAGAGGUACGAAAGCAGUUUGCCAAGAACUACUCUAAGAAGCUAACGAAAAAGUAG